UUUAGACUUGCUAUAUUUGAAUUGAAAGGUUGUGUAUUCAAAGUGAGUCCUCUUGAAGUCUUCCUUCCCUCCUACCUUACUCACUUAACUGCUUGUAUUGUGUUGUGACCAUGGAAUCGGCAUUGAUAUUUCUGGGAACGGGAAGUUCGGGGUCGGUUCCUUGCAUGAGGUGUCUCAUUGACCCUUCAGAUCCUCCAUGUCCUGUAUGUGCUUACUCUCUCUCCUUCCCACCUCACCUCAAUCCUAACUACAGGUGCAAUAGCUCUCUGUUAAUCGAUUAUUACUGUCGAAGCGAUGCCACUCACAAAUAUAUACUGAUUGAUGCUGGUAAGACCUUCAGGGAGACUGCACUUAGGUGGUUUGUUUUCCAUCACAUUCCCAGAGUAGAUUCUUUGCAGAUUGUUUUGACUCAUGAACAUGCUGAUGCUGUCCUUGGAUUGGAUGAUGUGCUUGCUGUGCAGCCGUUUAGUCCCACAAAUGAUAUUGAUCCCAUCCCCGUUUACUUAACUCAGCAUUCAAUGGAUAGCGUCGAAAAGAGGUUCCCUUAUUUGGUUCAGAAAAAACACAAAGAAGGUCAAGAAAUGAGAAGGGUGGCUCUGCUUUGCUGGAACAUAAUUGCUGAUGAUUGUAAUCGGCCAUUUUUUGCAUCAGGCUUAAAAUUGAUUCCUUUGCCAGUAAUGCAUGGAGAGGAUUAUAUCUGUUUGGGAUUUCUUUUUGGUGAGAAAAAUAGGGUGGCUUAUAUAUCAGAUGUUUCACGGAUUCCAGCUAGUACAGAGUGUGUCAUUUCGAAAAGUGGGGCUGGACAGGCAGGACAGUUGGAUCUUCUUAUAUUGGAUGCGUUGGAAAAGGUCAGUACUUCAAUUUUCAUUAGUUGUCAGAGGGUGUGUGGUUUUUGGGGUGUAAAUAUUGUCUUACAUGUGAAUGUGUGAAUUCUGCCACUGAAUUGCAAAGGACAAGAUUAGAAGAAUGCACUUGCCACUUGCACUCACGUGUAGAAAUAUCUCGGAAAGUUUUUAGAAAAGACUUCACUAUGUUGCACUAUUUCUUUCAUUCUUUUCCUUCCAAUUUCUCUGUUCCUCUCCAUUGAUUUUCAAUUAUAAGACAAACAAAACAUCUUGUUCACAAGUAAGAUAACUAUUUUAGAAUUUGUGCUUAAAGUCUAAUUCUACUCUACAAAAUCGAUUUGUAAGGUGAGAUAUAUCUAAGCCUUAUAAGAAAGGAUUAUAUUAUAUUUCUAAUUGAUAUAAGAUCUCAACAUACCUCUACCUCUUCUCAAUCAGGACUAGUCAUCUAGAGUGAGAAUAAAUGUGAGUGGCCCAACAAUAAUACCCGCUCACACCUAGGAAUAGACGUUUAGAACAAAGACAAAUAUGAAUAUUCUAAUAAUAGAUUUAUAAUUGAUUCUAAUACCAUCUUAAAAUUUAGUCUUAGAAUCUAACUAAACCCUAUAUAAGAACUACAUUAGUGAUAUCUUGGAUGUGAGGUCUCAACAAACUUGAUCAUAGAAGGCCAAUAAACGAUUAUUAAACACAUAUCUCUACACAUAUCUCUACUCCUAUUUCCCUCCAUUGCUAA